AUAAAAUGUUUUCUUAUAAAUAAAUGACUUCAUUCUUUAUAAAAUCAUAAGAUUAGAAAAAGAAAAAAAUAAAAUUAUUAUGUUCAUCUUUUCCUCUUUCUUUCUAAAUUUCGUAUAUCUUAAAUUCUUAUUUACUUUUCCUUUACAUUAGUUUAUAACAGUUGUGAUAUUUUCCUAUUAAUUGCAACAUGACUUCGCCACACCCCAAAAUAGCCUUAAACCGUUAAACGGAGUUAACUUUCUCAUCCCAAGAAAUCGCCCGUACAUCGUCACUGUAAAUGGCAUUUCGUAGGGUUUUACUCUCUCACCUCCGCCGAUCGCGUCACACCUGUUCCUCUCUCUCUCCUCACCAUGUCUCCGCCUCCCCGUCAUAUCCUUCGAUCGCGAUCGGUCUCCUCCAAUCCCGAUUGUUUUCCACUCCCACCGACUUGGACUCUGAGCUGAGUCGACUCAGAGACGAUUCGAUCGCUGGCCUGGGAAGUGGUGGCCAUGGAUUAGACUUGGGCGAUUUGGGGCAGGAAAUGAUCGGAGCUAGUGCGUCGAACCACCAUUUAUUGACCCGACAUGUGAUUUCGUUGCUUGAUUCAUACCAUGACCUCACUGGAUUGCCCUGGUGGGUCGUUAUCGCUUCUUCUACUGUGGCUUUUAGAACGACUUUGCUUCCUCUACUGAUUUUGCAGCGGAGGCAAACAAAAAUGAUUUCACAAUUCUUACCUCAGUUACCGCCUUUUUGGCCUCCAAAGGGUUCAGGAAGGGGUGUUGUUGAACAAUUCAUGCUGUUUCGGAACGAAAGAAAGGCUAUUGGGUGCCCUUCGUUCUUGUGGAUUCCUGCUUACUUCUCCAUCCAGAUUUCAUGUUUUUUCAUGUGGAUAACUAGCAUUAGAAGAAUGUCACUUGAUCAUCAUCCCGGCUUUGAUACGGGUGGGGUUUUAUGGUUCCAGGAUUUGACUGAUAUUCCCAACGGUCUUUAUGGUCCGAUUUUCCCCUUUUUAAUAGCUGGUUUGCAUUACACAAACACACAGAUAGCUUUUUCAGCAUCUUCAGUUCACAAAGUUGACAAAUUCGCGGAAUUAGCAAAAGCUUACAAGAUAUUCUUGAAUUUCUUGACAGCUGGUCUUUAUAUCCUUGCGUUCCAAAUGCCUCAGGGAAGUCUGCUUUACUGGUCUACCAAUUUGUCAUUCAGCAUAGCUCAGCAAUCAAUCCUCAAACAUCCUGUUAUAAGUGCUAAGUUGGGCCUACAAGUAAAUGACACUGUCCAGAAAGAGUCUGGAAACCCAAUAUUAACCAAUACAAAUGAAGCGAAACUCACUGAUCCAUCCUCGACAGGACGCUUGAUCUCCGGGCAUGAUUUAACCCCGAAGGAGCUAGUUGGUCUUUCUGCCAAAUACUUAUCCGGAGGGCACAAGGAAAAAUCAAUUCCGCUACUAAGAUUGGCAUUAGAAAAGGAUCCUGAAUAUCUGCAAGCUAUGGUUAUUCUUGGUCAAGCUCUAUAUCAGAAAGAACAGUUCGCCGAAGCUGCAAAAUACUUAGAGCAGGCUGCUACGAAGCUUAUUGAUGCUUGUCCAACAGAAGUUGAAGAAGUCGAUCUUUUGAUUGUUGCAUCCCAAUGGGCAGGUGUCUCCAACAUACGCCAGGGGAAGACAUUAGAGGGAAUCACACACCUUGAAAGAGUAGCAAACAUGAAAGAGCCUGAAGAUCCCAAGAGCAAAGCACAUUACUUAGACGCAUUGGUACUCUACUCAAGUGCUAUAUUCAAUGAAGGAAGGAGAGAGGAAGCAGCAAAGUACUUGAGAAGAGUGGUGGCUUAUGAUCCAUCGUUUCAGGAAUUGUUAAAACAAUGCGAAGAAGAAAAUGAUGAUGAUACAUCUUCAUCUAACUCUACCCACAAAACCUAACUUUUCUUCUUUUUUGUUUUGUUUCUUCCCAUCCCUUACCAAUUUUUCUACGGGGUUUUGUUUCACCAAUCUUUUGUUUUUUAAAUUAAUUUUUCGGUUCUUUUAUUCAAAUGAGUAAUACCAAGUCAUUAAAUAAAAAUUAAAUUUCAAUGUAUAUCAAUGAUAUUUUUAUUAAUAAGGUGAGUAAAAUCUUA